AUCUAGCCCAGUAUUGUCUUCACAGACUGGCAGCGGCUCCUCCGAGGUUGCAGGCAGGGAUCUCCUUCAAGGAAACGGGACGGAACGCGUGCCCUCAUACUAGGGAAUUGGAACGUUCCCCUCCUCGUAAUCAGGAUCCAGGAAUCCGCACGAGUCUCCACGUGACUCUUGAAAGCCAGCCUGGAGAGUUGAAUGGCUUGCCAAGCACAGUGACAAUCCACACAACACGAUCCGUAAACAACAUGAUGAAGUGAGGAGAGAGAAGAAGAGACUGACUGCACCACUCAAUCAGAUUCGCGCCGGGCCUUGCAAUGGGGCGGCCCUUAGGGGAACCUCUUGAGCAAAUCCCGGCUGUGGGGCGGAUGCGGCCUUUCAGGAAAUACCCACCCUCAAAAUCCCUGCCCCUUGACAGACUGCAAGGAAUCUGCUACUGGGGGAGAAGUGCCCGUUUAACAGCCUGCUUGCUCUCUUGGUAAGCCGGCAGCAUUUGGUCUGACAAUGAACGAGUGGGCACCUAUUGCGAAAGAGUAUGACCCCCUCAAAGCAGGAAGCAUUGAUGGUACCGAUGAGGAACCCCACGACCGUGCCGUCUGGAGGGCCAUGUUGGCACGCUAUGUCCCCAACCAUGGUGUCUCAGGAGACCCCCACAACACUCUGUUUGUAGCAAGACUCAACUUGCAGACUACAGAAGACAAGUUGAAGGAAGCCUUCUCCCGCUACGGAGACAUCCGGAGAAUCCGCCUGGUGCGAGAUCUGGUCACGGGGUUUUCCAAGGGCUACGCCUUCAUCGAGUACAAAGACGAACGGGCGCUGUUGAAAGCUCAUCGAGACGCCAACAAACUGAUUAUCGACCAGCGUGAGAUCUUUGUGGACUUUGAGCUGGAAAGGACCCUCAAAGGGUGGAUUCCUCGGCGGCUGGGCGGAGGCUUUGGGGGCAAAAAGGAGUCCGGGCAGUUGCGGUUCGGAGGCAGGGACAGACCAUUCCGGAAGCCCAUUAAUUUGCCCGCUAUGAACAGUGAUUUCUAUGGAGAAGGGCCAGGAGAUAAAAGAGGACGAGCUUGGUCGAGGGAGGGAGGGAGGGACUGGAAAGCGAGGGAUCGAGACCACGAGAGGAACAGAGAGCAGAGGCGGCCAGCAAGGGAGCGUCUGCAGGGAUGGGGAGAAAGCGAGAGAGACAGAGAGCGGCACUCGAGAGAGGAAAGGAGCCGCGACAAAGAAGGGAGAGACAGGGAGAGGAAAGAGAGAAGUAGGGACCACAGCUCCAAGAAGCAAAGGGAUGAAGACAGACAUCACUGAGGAAACAGUCCCUUCCCGUGCAGUUGGACCACAGAACACCAAAGGAUUGUGGGAAGGCCGGGCACAGGUCCCGAUUCUGGAACCACCUGUACAUUUUCAGGUCCCAAAAGGACUGUAUGAAAGUCCCAGUCUAGGACUGAGUUCAAGUGACAAAAAGCAAUUCAGCACGAAUUGUGGUUUGGCAAGAAACGGCAAGGACUAGGAGAGGGCAGGCCUGACUAGGCCAGGCUCUGGCCAACUUAUGCUAGUUGGUAUCCUAGCAACCAUCACCUUUCCAAAGGUGAUAUUCGGCAUUCUACUGGGUAAUAGGACAGUAAGCGAAGUGGGGUUUAAAAAGGGAAAGGGAAAACACCAUUUCAAGCCAAUCCACAUUGCCUUUUUGAAGUGCUGACAGAACAAAGCCAUAAGGGAAUUCCAUAUUUUUGUCACCAUGGAUGAUUUUGCAAAUUUUCGUCCCUAAGUGGAAACUUGACCUUCCCACAUCCUAGCUCAGCCCACACUUCAAAGGUCCCCCCUGCUUUUUUAUUUUAUUUUUAGGACACCGCAAGCUGUGAUCUAGAAUAUAUUGGCAUAUUUGUAAGGUCCCUUGCUCUGUCAAAAAAGUCACCUCAUUGCACCAUGUCAAAAUGGCUGAUCCAGUUGACACCAAAUGGCAGUUAUUUUUACGGCUGAUCCAGCCUUCUUUUCUUCAGUCAGGGCUCAAUUGAACAUACAAGCUGAUUGCAUGAGUAUCUCUUCAUUACUGGAAUAAUAAUGGAAUAAUAUCGUCUCUCAGUUUUGGUCCAUAGCAUGUCUUAUGAGAUGCUUCUGGACUGUUGUGAGAUGGAGAGAUUAUAUACCUUAAAACAUUCAGCCCUUUGGCUAUUUCCCACAUGCCUCCUGGCCAUUUUGCAAAUAUGUCUUGCCUUUGGAGUUACUUUUUUGAAUAAAUUGCUUUCAAAAAACA